UUCGUCGUCUUAACCCAGAGCUCUGGCGUGUGUGGUAGCCAGAAAACCUUGUAAAUAUGUAGUCGGCGUUAGAAAGGCAUGACAACUUUACCCUCUUGUGACUAGUUGGCUACAGACUGCCCUCAGUUUUGGGCACGUUAAAGUAGUUUCGGUUUAUCUGUCGGCUAACGCCAACUAGAUAGCUACGCGCUAACAAGCUAGCGCGAGUUUGCAAUGUGACGCUAGCGGUGUUUCUCCUUUCACAUCGUCAGCGGGACAGUAAGCUAAACUUUUCCUGCUCGUACCACCAAACUAUGCUGUAACUAGCGCCAGCCUCCCGGUAACUUUGUAUAGUGAGGUAAACAAACAUACGUCAUCUCCCUAUGCCCUUUCUGCUGUCAAGUUUUCCGCUGAGAUGUGGCAAAGUGUGGGGCUCGCAGUGCUGGUCAUUGUGGCCACACUUGGGUGCGCGUUGCUCUUCGUGCUGUUUGGUUGGUAUGUAGUCUGGCAGCUGUUCCUGUCCAAGUUUAAGUUCCUGCGUGAACUGGUGGGGGAUGCAGGCUCUCCACAAGCCGAAACUCAGCCGUCCGAAACAAAGAGCGAACGUUCCUUCAGUGCUGCUCCACGCAGUCGGCCCAAGACUGCGCGCCAAAGAAUUGUUUCUCCAGAGAGCACUUCAUAGACCAGCCUAACAUUUACUGUAUACACUUCACAUGUAAACCUGCUACUCAUGCAGCCUGUUUCAUCAUGACUGUCUAUCUACACCCUCCAAAUAUCAUGUCUGGUUGCUAUAAGUAUUUCCUAUCCACCCUGUUACUCUGCACUAUAUAAGGACCUCCGUGACUGCCCCUACAAACCUUCUUUUUCGCCAGGACACUUUAAACUGACCAGGCAAAUCUCCUGGUUUUAAAGGGAUAAGCCAUCCAAAUUGCUGGCCAUUUCUAUAUUUCACCUGUUAGAGUGUGUACGUGUAUCCCAGUUAUGUGCAGUCCAAGUAUCUCAACAGUCUUUGGGGAACUUCACUUACUGUUCUCAUUUUAAUGCUGCCAUAGUGACAGUCAGCUUUCACUUGCUGUCAAGCUGCUGCCUGCCACCUACAGGGGAGUGAAAAGUAGCUCCAUUGCACAAAGACACAGUAAUGAUAACUACCUUAUUAUGAGUCAAUGCGUACACUAUUUGAUCUUGUAUUUUUAGUUUUAGCAAAGCCUAUUUUGACACAUGUAGGCCAAUAAUUGUCUAAAAUGAGUUUGUCUAUACCACUUAACAAAAAGAUGAACGUAAGAUCAAAACUGACAUGCAAUUUGUGAAACUGACAACCCAUGUUAAUAAUCACUGUCAUUUGCUUUUAACUGCAGAUACUUUCUAAAUACAGCUGUGCAAUGAA